AUGGCAUUCCAGGACCUUAUCGCGCAAUUCUCCGCCCACGAUUCCCGCGGAGGCGGCACCGCGAGCGCGGGGCCCGUUCAGUACCACCUCACGCACCAACCGCCUCUCCAGCAGCACCAGCACCCGCACCCGCACCAGCAUGCCGUCUUCCACGGCCACCAGCCGCCCGUCGAGAUCCCUCGCAAGCGGCCGCUCGCCCCCGACGUGUCGACGCAGACCGGUCGCCUGCUACAGCCCCGCCCACCCAACCCCUACCCGGCGGGAGACCCUGCUGCUGCUGCCGCCGCCUCCACCGCCGCCGCCUCGUCCAUGCUCCACCAGCACCAACAUCACCACCAGGGCGCCGUCGCGGGUCCCGCGUACAUAAUGUCGCCGACGCUGGGCACCGAGGGCACGAGCAAGAAGCGCCGCGGCCGCCCCACGAAAGCAGAGGCUCAGGCGCGCGCCGCUGAGGCCGCCGCGCGAGGCGAGCCUUAUCCGCCACCCAAGACAGGGAAGCGUGCGUCCAUGGCGUCCGCACUGAGCAGCAGUAGUGGGGGAGCGGACGCUCCGGGUGCUGGGCGCUCAGCGGGUGCGGGGACGAGGAGUCCUGGCACGCCUGGGGCCGUGGGCGGCGCUGUUGGCGGCUCUGGCACAACGAUCAGGCCCGAGCGUGAGCACAUGUCCGUGAGUAGCAUGAUGACGGCGCCAGCUGGCGAACGUGGCCUUGGUGAGUCUGGCAGCGCUGGGGCACACGAGGGAAGGGAACGGGAAAGGCGGUCGAGCCUCGACGUGCCAGUGUCACCCAGAGCGAAACCAGAGGUGAGCGAGAGCGAUGUAGGAGUUCUCGCAUCUCCAACCAAGGCGGGAGCGCAGGCGCCUGAGGGCCGGCGCGAUACUCUCCUCACACAGGGGUCACCCGCAGCGGUGUCGACAACUUCGUCCCCGGGAGAAGAGCGAGGGAGAGAGACGCCGCGCGAAGCGAGCGAAGAACACAAGCGCCGUGCGACACCACAUUCGUUUAAAGACACUGUGGGCAUUUAA